AUGAGAGAUAACCAAAAUGAAAAAGCGGGUACUUUUCCUCCUAGUCGUCCAAACUCCAUCUCUAACCUCGUGUGCGUAUCCACCGCCGCAGCUCCGAAGUCACGGCAAACACGAAGUCCUUGGAUCGUCCGCCCUUCGGACCCAUUCCACUUUCAGACCCUCGUUCCCGCGAACAGCAUUAUCAAGAAGUUCAUACCGCGUAUCCAGGUGGCGUGA